AUGGCGAGACGUAUGGGGUACCGCUCGGGGUACUCGCGAUGGGAUCGCAGGGAUAUCGGCCUCAAGCCGGAGAACGCCCUCAGUCGAGUUGCUCAACUGGUCGAGGUCGGCGAAGUCUCUGAUGCCAACCAGGCUUUGUACGACAUCAUCACCGACAAUCAGACGCGCCGCCGCCAAUGGAGCAAGACGUACGAAGGCAUCAUGCUCAAGCUUAUGGAGCUCAGCGUCCAGCUACGCAAGCCCGGCAUGGUCAAGGAGGCUCUUCACAAGUAUCGCGCCAUGUGUAUGCAGUCCAACGUUUCAUCUCUAGAGGACGUUGUGCGCUUCCUCGUCGAUCUCGCCGAAAAGUGCACUGAGAAUGCCCGCAAGAAAGUCGAUGAGACUAUUCUCGAGGGCGCCGAGGAUUUGGAGGACGGUGCAAUGGAGACCCCGGAGACACUCCUUCUGGAGGCUGCGGGGAAUGCCCUCACCAAGGAGAGGAUUGAUCGCCAGCAAGUCGUGCCGUGGAUGAGGUUUUUAUGGGAGGUCUAUAGAGUUGUACUUGAUAUUGUCAAGACGCAUAACAAGCUUGAGAUUUGCUACCAUGGCAUGGCCACCAAGGCAUUUGCGUUUUGUGUCAAGUAUAAGCGCUUUAUGGAGUUUAGGCGUCUUUGUGAUAUGUUGAGACAGCACCUCAACCAAUUGAUCAACAACCCUCGCAACUCGCCGAAUGACGUCAAGAUCACGGACACGGACACGCUGCAAAAGUUCCUAGAGACCCGCUUCACGCAGCUUUCCACAGCAGUCCAGCUUGAGCACUGGCAGGAAGCUUACCGUACCAUUGAGGAUAUCCACAUGAUCAUGACUAUGGGCAAGGCCAAGGCCAAGCCGCAGCACAUGAGCAUCUACUACGACAAACUCAUGCAAGUGUUCUGGGUGUCGGGUAACUAUCUGUACCAUGCCCAUGCUUUUUACAAGUUGUACACUCUGUCAGUUACGCAAAAGCGAAACCUUUCGGCAGAAGAUGCCCAGACCAUGGCCUCCAGGCUUCUGUUGGCAGCGCUUUCAAUUCCGGUCUACGAUGCCCAGUCGGCGGUUUUGUCAGAUUCGUACGGAAUUAUGACCGAUGUGUUGGGAACCCCGACAAGCGAAAAUGCAGACCGUCAUGCCCGCAUGGCCUCGCUCCUUGGAUAUAGCUCUGCGGCAGAGCGGGGCACUUUAAUUGCAGAGCUGCUGACCAGGGGUGUCGGGAGAGUCUGUCAUCCAGAACUUGCCGAUUUGCACGACUUGUUGGAAGGGGAGAUGGCGCCAUUGCAGUUUUCUGAUCGCUUCAAGAAGAUCCUUGCCUUUGUUGAAUCGCAAGACGUUCUCAAAGACUAUGCCACCCCACUCCGCCGGGUUGGAAUCUUCCGUCUGUUGGAGCAGCUCGGUCGGGUGUACGAUGUCAUGCGUCUGGAGGAUAUGAAGAAGGUCGCGGACUUUGCGGAAUAUACCGAAGUAGAAGACACGGCGUUGACGGCAUUGAAGACUAGGUCUUUGGCGGUGAGGUUUGACUACCAGAAGCAGUGCCUGCGGUUCGAAAGCGAACUGUUCUCCACUGAUGGCAUGCGUAGUCAGUUGGGUCGACUGGCUCGACGAAUGGCGCUUACGUCGCAGAUGCUUACAGAGAAUGCUCUCGUCUCUGCUGCCACGGCUUCGGAUAAGGCGGUUGUGGCCAUGUCGCUUGAAAGAGAAAAGAAGGCGACUGCGAGGCGAAAGAUGGCAGUCGCCACCGCGAGGGCUGCUAGUGCCCAAGAAGAGAAGGACAUUCAAAUGCGCCGCGGCUUAAUCGAAAGACGCAAGGAGGAAGCCGAGCGCCGAACUGCAGAGGCGGAGAGGCAGAAGAAGCUUGCUGCAGCACGAGAGCGCGCAUUGGCAGAGCAGCGUCGUAAGCAAGAGGAGGCGAAGCGUCGGUACGAGGAACAGCAGAGACAGGCCCAGGCUCCUGUUGAGGCUACCGUUAUCUCGAGUAGGGAAUCUGGGGGUGUGGUCGGUGGUGAAGGCGAGGGAGAUGCCGAACGCGAAGAGAGAAUGACGCGUGAGAAGGAGAAGGAGUUGAAGGAACAAGCAGAAAUGAAGAAACGCAUCCAGCAGCUUGCCAGCUACUUGAACCAUAUUGAGCGUGCGAGGAGGGAGGCGCAGUGGCCGCUGUUGGAAGAAGCGCACGUGAAUGAAGCUGAGAGUCAGUCUCGGUUAACAGAGGAGAUUGCGGCGAAAGAGCUAGAGGAAGCGAAGGCACAACACACAAGAGCUCUUGAAGACAAAGGGAGAACCAACAGAAUUAUGCCAAGUCUGCAAGAGUACUUGCAGCGCCUUAUGUCCCGCGUUGACGAGGACUACGACAGCUGGGCGCAGAAAGAAAAGGAACGUGCAGAAGCGCAAGCUGCGAAGGAAGCGGAACUGGCAGCUGCCCGUGAGAUCGAGAAGGACAUGCUACGAGCCCAAGAGGAAGAGGCGGAACGAGUCGCCAAGGAGGAAGCGAAAGCGGCGGAGGAGGCUGCUAGGCAGGCUGAAGAAAAGGCUCGCAUCGCAGCCCAGCGACCAAGUUCAGUGCGGCUGCGGUUGGACGGUGCAGCGCCAACUAGCAGCGGUAAGUAUGUACCAGGCGCGUUGCGAGGAAAAGCUUUAACUCCCGCGGUGCCACCUUCUGCGGAGGCGGUGAGGAGCAGCGUGAGGCCUGUAGGGGCAGGCCCUGAUUUGAGAAAUGAACGUUCGUAUUCAUCUACGACGUCUGGAGUGUCUGGACUUGCGGCGAAGUCCCCGUCGCUUCGCGGUGGACUUUCGAAGGAUCCCCGAGCUCAGUUGUCAGGGAAACAGACGCCAUCACCGACGCCCACCGCGACAGGUGCUCCCCAGCGGAGGAAAUUUAUCAACUCGAAGAAAAUGCAACAGAAACCUGCAAAUCCGUAG